AUGACAGCGUACGAGGCGCCGGAAUGGGCGUUGAAUGGGUCGAAUCGCUUUGGCUUGUCGAUGGAGGUGAUCAAGGGAGGCAUCAUCCUGGAGAAGGUAGAGCUGGUGACGUCAUCCAAGUCGUACUUCGUCGCAGGACGCAUGGAGCCGCUUUGCGACAUCGUGCUGCAACAUCCAUCAGUAUCCCGCACGCAUGCCGCUCUACAAUUCGAUGCCAAGGGCCAGCUCUUCCUCGUGGACCUGGGCAGUACCCAUGGCACAUUCGUCAACAAGAAACGCAUUUCCGCAGCAGACCACAUUGAGCUCCACGUCGGGGACGUCGUCGUGUUUGGCGAGUCGACGCGCAUCUACACGAUCUUGGGUCCGGUCGACCUCAUGCCCGACGAAUACUCCUCGGACAAUUUGGCCAAGCUGCGAAGCAAGUUGGAAGCGCGGAAAGCGCGGCGCCUUGAACAGCAGAAAGACGUGGACGAAGAAGGGGCUUCUUGGGGGUUCCGUGAAGACGCCGUCGAAGAAGACGAUAGCGAACACAGCGACGACAGUGACAACGACACGUUCAGUACUAGUACAACCAACAAAGCGAGCUCCAAACCCAACGUCCCCCUGCCCGACUACCUGCGCAAUCGAAAAGACGAUACAUCAGGGCCGUACGUGUCGAGUGUGACCAAGGACACCGUCAACUUGACAAAAGAUUCGAAGUUAUACACCCGACUGCAAAAUCGCAUCCAAAAGCUGGAAAACUUGAAACUCGAGAGCAGCCGCAUCCGAGCCAAGCAAAACGUCGGGCUCACCGACGGCCAAGAGGCUGCUCUGGCUCGAAACGACACUCGCACCCAAGAACUUCAAGAUGAAAUCGAAAUGCUCGAGGCCCAACUCUUGGCCAAACAUACGCAACGCACGACGCAAAAGGAAGUUGCGGCCGUUGUGGCCAAAUCGAAAAAAUCGAGCGCGACCAAAGCCAAAAUGUAUGACAGCGACGACGACGACUUCUACGACCGUACAAAGAACCACGUCGCAGCCAGCACUUCCCACCACCCACCACCGAAACAAGUGCUGACAUUUGCGACCCUUUCCACGACAUUGGCAGGUCUUCGCGCCGAUUUAAAACUGCUCGAUGCACAGACUGCCACGUCAUCGUUGUCCAGAGCGACGCCAGCACCUACAGCCAAGCCUCAGCCAACUCUAUCGACCGCUACGACAAUUCUAAACCAACAUGAUACAGACAAUCAUGUUGCACCUCAACCCACUGGUUCGCUCAUGUCAGACGUCACAGCUGAGCCAUCUUCGUCGUCAUCGUUCGUGUCGAGCGAUGACGUGGCAGAACGAGAGGACAAGCGGCCCUCAAAACGACAUUCCCCCGAGGUGAAACCAAUUGAGGUAGAGGCCCGUCCGAAACGCAUUCGCCACCGACGAAAGGGAGACCCAGUGAACAAAAAGUCUGCCGUCGUUCAUGCGACAGCGUUAGAUGUGCUGGAAGGCGGUGACGUGGUGUGGCAACCGCCGACCAACCAAACGGGCGAUGGCCGCACGUCGUUGAACGAUAAGUUUGGCUACUAA